AUGCUAAAUUUACAAAGCAAGUUAGUGUUAACAGGAGGAAUAGGAGGAGCUAUCUUUACAGAAAUAAUAUUAUUAAAUAAAGGUUUCCCGGUAAUUUAUGCAGAGGAGAACUCUGCUAAAAAGUUAUGUAUUUAUGAUGAACCUAAACCUGACGUCGUUUUAGUAGAGUCACCUACAAGGUUAGAAGAAGCAAUUAAACAAGCCAGAAUUCACGUUACGAAAACUGCUUGUGAUUUGGAGCGACAAUUUCAUGGUGUAAUUAAUAAAUGGAUCACCAUUGAACAAAAUACCGAGAAAACCAUAAAAGAAAUAAUAGCACCAAAUGAGCGAUUAAUGCCAGAAGCAUUAUACGUAACAGUAGCAGGGUUAGCAGGCACAAUCAUAGCAAGAAAUCGUAACAUUUUACUUCGAAUUGCGACUCCAUUAGUUUUUACAAUCGCUUCAUCAUAUUACUUUUUACCACAAACGUCACAAAACAUUUCAAAAAAAUUUCAAGAAAAUCAACAUAAAUAUCCACAAUUAUUAAAAGUUCAUCGUUCUAUCUCUGAUAUAGCUAGUGAUGCUAAACAAAAAGUUGAUACAUCUAUUUCCGAUUUAAAAAAUAUUGUAGGUGGUGAUGAUAACGAUAAAUCCAAAUAA